AUGGCUCCCGUGCCAGUGACCCCUCCACACGCACUGAAGCGAUGGAUGGACGAGCCAGACAAUGGCACGGAAGUGGUCGCAUCUGCUGAUCGAUCAAAUGAACAUCCCAGCGCACUAUCGCAGUGGCAGAGGGAGCGAGACAAGCCGCGUCAUGAGUAUUCACAGGCACUAGCGCACGACGCUCAUAGCGGACAAGUUCUGGCCACGGAUGCAGAGCCAAGCCACGCAUCCACCUCGAGUCAGGGGUUCAUGGAUCCAGACGAUUUUCAACCUGAGGAGUACCUAUCAGAUGGAGACCGAGACGCAGGCGAGCAAGAUGGGGACGAGCUGUGGGAAGACGAGGUUAGCUCUUCAUCUGGCUCGGAGUUUGAAGAGGAUGAAAGCGUCACUACCAGAGGUGCUACACCAGCAGGGGACGGCACGCUUGAGGAAGGCACAUCUCCAAGGGGGCAGACUGCACAGACGAGCAAAGCGCAAAGCUACAGGAAUGCUCUGCAGCAAUACAAGCAGAGUCGGAGAGCUCUCAUGCUGAGCAACACAGAGCCUACCAGCUCUGCGCACAGCAGUGAGCCCUUCUUGCCUUUGCAGCAUCUCGGCGAUGCUGAUGAGCGUGCCGCUGGGCGCCAGUAUGAGCCUACGCAAGAGGCCGGGAGGCGCACUGCACAUCAUGAUGCACAAGCUCGCUCAAUCACGCCCCUGAGCACCAAGGCGUCCUUCAAGAAGGAUUUGCAGUUGCCCACCGACCCCUUCUCAAGACUGUCUGAGGCUGUGGACGAUGCGACUCCAGUCCAGCGGGCACACGACAUCCGCUUCGACAAGCUGCACCUUCCUCGCACUGCAAAAGCCGCCUUACCCUCGGGUCUGGCCGACUCUCAUCGCGAGUCAAAUAUCGAGAGUGGGUCGAAUCGAGCUGACGCUGUUCUGGAAGCAGAUGUACUCAGUGCGCCCAGAGGAGGAGGUGGCGAUGUACGCGAGGCUACACUUCGUGAGAGCUCCAACGAUACGCUCGAUCAAAGCCAGGCCCAAGAUCCUCGCGGAGCGGGAGGCACAAGCAAAGCACAUGUCCACUCGCGCGCUCACAGCAGGGAAGACCCUGUAUCUGCAGCAGACCACUUGCCAGGCUCACCACCAGCAGCGCAUGCCAGUGCGGCAUCUGAGCAUUUCCAAGAGAGGAAUCAGCCUCGAGCCGGAUCGUUCGCCCAGCAGGAAGGCGCAAUCACGCCCCGCACGCACUCGCCCCCCUCCGCGUAUCACUCAGAUGAGUCGAUUGUGUCGGAUACCUCACGCCCCGAUGCUGAAGCUGUUCACUGGGAGGCACCACGCCGCGCUGACGACAAGCAUCUGAUCGUGGAGCCGAACACUCCUCUCGCAGCCAGGCGCGCUUCUCCCGUCGAGGUCUCGACUCCUCGCCCAUCAUCGCACUCGCAGUCAGCGGCUGCUCUGAAUACACUGCCACUUGUGGGCUCUCAGUCUUCCCUGAGUUUGUGGGAUUACCUUCGAGAAGAGAUCGUUGCGACGGACUUCGACUCCACACAGGAAAUGAAGUGGGAGCGCGUAACGAAUUUCAUUGCGAUCCCCUUCUGGAUGGAAAGGGUGAGUGAUGUUUGGUAGAUGCCCGCCGCGAUCUCACGACUCACUCUGGAGGACUCCAUCACCACUACAAGAUCAUGGUCUUUGGCAUCGCUGUCUGCCUCGACUCUUUCCUCUACACCUUCACGAUCCUACCUCUCAGAUUCGGUGUGGCACUGUACGUCUGGACUGCGAACCUGAUGAGGUGGUGCUUGGGCGGCGAGCGCCGAUACCUCCACUCGUCGCACAAGUGCGACCUUCUCAAGGCGGCUCUGAUCGUGCUCUCUUGCUACAUCCUCUCGCGAGUGACAGACGCAAGCAAGAUGUACCACAGUGUCCGAGGGCAAGAUUUUGUCAAGCUCAGCGUCAUUUUCAAUGUGCUGGAAAUUGCGGAUCGCCUCUGCUGCUCAUUCGGGCAAGAUUUGCUUGACAGUCUAUUUUCGCGAGCCACGCUGGCGCGACGAAAGGACGGCAGGCAACCUUAUCUUCGACCGACUGGCUUCUUUCUGCUAUCUCUGGCGUACAUCCUGGCGCACACUUUCGUGCUAUUCUAUCAGCUCGUCACUCUCAACGUUGCAAUCAUGAGCUACGACAAUGCUCUGCUCACUCUGUUGAUUUCCAACCAGUUCGUCGAAAUCAAGGGAAGCGUCUUCAAGAAGUUCGAAAAGGAGAAUUUGUUUCAGCUCACUUGCGCUGACAUUGUUGAGCGCUUCCAGCUUGGGUUAAUGCUGUCCGCCAUUGCACUGCGCAACUUGAUAGAGAUGUCAGGCAUCAGCGCUAGCAUUGAGGGAGGAACAGGGCCACUGCCGACGAGUUUCACGGUGUUCCCAAGCCUGAACAUGCUGGAAACCAUCAUCGUGCCGGUCGCCAUCGUGCUCGCAUCGGAGUGCAUAGUUGACUGGCUCAAGCACGCUUUUAUCACCAAAUUCAACCACAUCAGACCAGCAGUCUACGGACGCUUCGUGGACGUCCUUUGUAGAGAUCUCGUCGCUGGACCUGGCUCAGGCCAAGGAUCGCGCAAGCACAACUUUGUCGAUCAAAGUCCCAUCGUAUCCCGUCGACUAGGAUUCGCAGCGCUGCCCUUGGCCUGUCUUUUGAUUCGGAUCACCAGCCAGAUCCUCGGCAUGUUGCGGGACACGAGUCAUUUCGACGAGUGCGCCGCUCCGCAUGCAUCUCAGAGCAGUUUCAAGCUCGUCUACGGAAUUGGCUUGGCGAGAGGCGCUGCGAGGAUGCUGGGUGCGCACGAUCCUGAAGGCGCUGCCAACGAGAUCGCGGCGACCAUCGCAAGGAGCGCAGCUUGGGCUCUAACGGUCGUCAUCGGUUGGGUUUUGUGAGUGUGAAGCGCCGCAGUUUUGCGCGCAGCAUGACGAGCACGCUGAUGUUUGAUCGUCGUGUUCGCUCCCACAUCAGUUUGGUGGGACUGAAGCUUCUGCUCGGGCUCAAUCUUGUCAGCUACGCGUCUCAUCGCUACGCUACCAUGCAGCAGCGAGAGCAAGAGGAAGAGUUGAAUGCCAGGGAUAGAGCACCGAUCGGCGUUGAUCGUGAAGAGAGGGUAAGUGCCCAGAGCGGUCUUCUUGAGCGAUCAGCAAGAAUUGUGAGCAGCUGUGCACUGACACUGGAAUGCCGUGAUUUCAGCUGCACGACGCAAAGAUUGCACAGCUUUUAGAUCGAGCGGAAGAUGAUGCGGGGAGCGUUGGAAUGCGAGGUCAAGUAGCGCCUGCAAGAGGAAAAGUGGAGAGCGGCGGCGGCGGCGGUGGCGGUAGCAGCAAAUCUAGCAAGGGUCCUUCUCUAAUGGACGUCUCGCGCUAUUCGAUGAUCAAAAGCAGGAUCUGGUAG